AUGGAGUCGCUUAUAUCAAUAAUAUUUGCUCUCUUCUUUUUAUUGGGUGCAUCAGAUGCACUUUCAAGAACCAUCAUAGUCGAUAAGAAUGGUCAAGGAAAAUUUACAACAGUGCAGCAAGCCAUUGAUUCCAUACCAGAAAAUAACUCAUUGUGGACGCGAAUUCUUAUUAAGCAUGGUGUCUACACGGAAAAAGUUGUGAUCCCUAAGGAGAAACCAUAUAUUAUUCUUGAAGGAGAGGCUAACCAGCUUACCUCGAUUGAAUUUGGGGAAGGUGGCAAUGUUGUUGAAAGCCCUACAUUUAAACUAUUUGCAGAUAAUUUUGUAGCUCGGAAUAUAAUAUUCAAGAAUACAUACAACAAUGAUCUUAUCAAACUUGAUGACAAUGGGAAAAAAACUACUUGGGCUCCUGCGGCUUUCAUUGGUGGAGACAAAGCAAGUUUUCGUAACUGCGGUUUCAUUGGCGUGCAAGAUACAUUGAGUGAUGCCAUAGGCCGGCACCAUUUCUAUAAUUGCACUAUUGUUGGAGCUAUAGACUUUAUUUUCAGCAAUGGACAGUCAAUUUAUGAGAAAUGCCUGAUAAAAUCAAUUUCAGACAGAAUAGGCCUACCUGGUUAUAUUACAGCCCAAGGUCGUAAUGACCCAAAUGACACUUCUGGUUUUGUAUUCAAAGAUUGCCAUGUAUCAAGCACAGGCCAUACUUUGCUAGGAAGACCAUACAGACCUUAUGCAAGAGUAUUGUUUGUCUCCACAUUUAUGGAAAAUGUUAUUUCCCCAGAGGGCUGGACCUCAGCAUGGCAUGCUGGUUCUGAGAACAAAAUCACAUUCUCGGAGGUGAAUUGCACAGGGCCUGGCGCAGAUGUUUCCCGUCGUGUCUCAUGGGCGAAGAAGUUAACAGAUGAACAAGUAGUAUUUUUUACAAAUACAGCUUCUUUCCUAGACCAAGAUGGAUGGUUGGCAAAACAACCGAAUUAA